CCGUAGCCCGAGCGGGAAGUUCAUAAAAGCGUUUACUUCAUGGACUCUGGUUUAAAUCAGUUUAAUUCAUAUUAGCUGAAAUGUAGCAGCUGGACAAACACUGCGGGGGAUUUAUACAUCGCUGAACCUUCGUCUUAAGGAAUAUUAUCACCCAGCAGCAGCAUGGAGAAGGAGAAGAGCCCCGCUGCAGCCAGGAGCUUCGGACAGUGCACCUACACAGCCGAUGAGUACCAGGCGGUGCAAAACGCUCUGCGGCAGAGGCUGGGUCCAGAGUACAUCAGCACCAGGGUGGCUGGAGGAGGACAGAAGGUCUGCUAUGUCGAGGGACAUCGUGUCAUCGGCCUGGCCAACGAAAUGUUUGGAUACAACGGAUGGUCUCACUCCAUCUCGCAGCAGAACGUCGACUUCAUCGACCUCAUCAACGGGAAGUUUUAUGUCGGAGUCAGUGCGUUUAUCAAAGUGCAGCUGAAGGACGGGGCAUUUCACGAGGAUGUCGGCUACGGAGUCAGCGAGGGACUGAAGUCGAAAGCUCUGGCACUGGAAAAAGCCAGAAAGGAAGCUGUGACUGACGGCAUGAAGAGAGCACUGAGAUGCUUCGGUAAUUCCCUCGGAAACUGCAUCCUGGAUAAAGAAUAUCUCCUCGCCAUAAACAAGAUCCCCAAAAAGCCUCCUCCUCCUCUCGACCCAGCGCAGACCAAACGCACCCCGGGGGAGCCUUUAGCGGAGAAGGCCCGGGUCUCCAGUCUGGUCCGAGAGGAAAAGCAUGUACCUGCGCCCGGUCCUGCCAGGGGGCCGCUGGAGCCCAGAAUCCUCCAGCAGAACCAGAACUGUUCAGACGUUCAUACUCCUAAAGCGGGCCCCGCUCCGGACAUGAAGAGUGAGAACCUCAGCACCAGACCUGCCAUGGACCCGGUGGACGCUGACGGGUCCGAGAUGCACGCAGACCCCAAGCAGCUGAGGAAGCUUCGACAGCAGCAGCUGCAGCAGAAGUUCAGGAAAGAGAUGGAGGAAAAGAUGCAGCAUCAAAACCAGGACCAGGCCAAGUCUGAGGAGGCGGAGUUUCCUAUUGGUCGAGGAACAAGUGGAGAUGACCCUGAAGUCUGGGACCUCAAUCUGGACGGGAUCGAGGAGCUGGAUGUCCCCACAGGUGCGCCGCCGUCCAAUGGGCUCAGGCCCGGCACGCCCGGGAAUCAUCAGAUGCAGACCCGCAGUAGGACCCCGCAGAGAUCCCUGGGCAGACCACCAGUCGAGGGCCCGUCGCACGGCAGAGGACAGGACAGGGCUCAGAUCACACCUCAGUACCAGAACCAGUAUCCGGGGAGACCAGGCGAAGGCUUCAGUCCGUACAGACAAGGAGAGCACAUGAAGAAACGCAGGCUGGACACCUGAGAGUUUACAUCCUCGGCACUGUAUAGAAUGAAGCCGUAUUUAAUUUUGUGUUUAUAUUCAUUUUAAUGUUCGAAUGAAGCCAAUUUUGCUGCUGUUACCUGGGUGUGUUAAAAAAUAAAUAAAUACCACAGAGGUCAGUCAGUUGUAAUGUUUGGAGGAAUGCUAGAACUUAUCUGAUCAAAAGAUACUAAACUUUAAUAAGCUGCUGCUAAUCGAGUCAAAUGUU